AGAUGCAAGUUCAGAUUCUCCAUGGGCAAGAGAGGCUUAUAACGCAGGUCUCCUGCCUCCUGCACAUGUGCUCAAGCUACUCGGGUACGGGGGAUAAACAUGGAAGGGUCUUUCUCUAGUUAUCCUUUUGUCAUGGAGUUUUGUCUGGCCAGGAUUAGGGACCUGUGCAUGUUGUACAUGGGGGCAUGUGUAGCUGCUAGGCCCAUGCCUGGCCUGCUGUGUAUGCUCCGAAUACACAUGUACACUUACCUGUCUGUCCUGCACAGGUAAUAGAGGGUAACAGCAUCACAAGUUGUGUGUAAGUGCCAAAAAGGCCUCUUGUACAGCUGGAAAAAAUGUUGUUUAAGUGCUCAAAUGAUAAUUGAAUUCUGCCCCUACAGUCACUUAAGUUCUGCUUUAGAUACCUGAAUUGCCUCUUCGGAUCUUACUUCUGCGUCUAGUUUAUGAAUGCUGGCUCUAUACCAGUAACUCUCAGCCAGGGUGCUUUUAAGGGUGCCACGUAAUAUUAGUACUGCUAAGCGUGCAAACACCAACACGUGAGUCGCAAGAUAAGUCCUGCAAUUUCAGAUAGGAAUCCAUGGUGUCAGAAACACUCGGACCUGGUGUGCCCACAGAAGAAUUGCUCUGUUAUUUUUCCAGUCAAGAAAUGAAUGAAAGCUAAGAGUUACCAUCUUUUGAGGGGUGCCUUGAGUCUAAAAAAGUUUGGGAGCCACUGCUUUAUAGCUUACAAGAGCCUUGCUAAGAUUGGUAUAUUCCUUUGAAGCAGAAUGUCUUCUAAUGGGUGGUUUUGUGUAGGAAUCUGCAUCUUGCACAUAUGUUGCAUUGACCACUCACACACAGGGACUUGCACAUGGAUAGGCCUGCCUACAUGUGUCCAUGCACAUGCACAUACAUCCAUACAUUCCUUCAAACAGUCUUGGAGGGUCCUUCAGUGGUUACAAAUGCAUUCCCUGCCGCACUCAGCCUAGGGGGGUCUUCCUAUUUUUCUCCCAUCAGCGGUGGGCUAGCACUGGGGACAGUAUACAAACUAAAUCAAUUAGAUUAAAUUGAUUGUUUAUCUUUUCUAACAUCCUUAACAACACUGAUUGGCAAUAUGUUUAAUUCAAGGAAGGAUUAUGCAAAAAACAGCCCCCAAAAUCUUGGCAGCCCUUGUACUCACUUUAUGAUUUCUUUUUUCAGGCUCAGAUCGCCUCCAUCAAAGGAGCGGUAGGAAAGUAAAGUUCUAAGAUCGCUCUCUUGAUCCCGACUGGAAGAAACGGAGUCCAGUAAGAGCAAAGAGUAAAGAUGGCUGAAUUUACAGGCUACAAGGAAACUUCUAAUCGCCAUCUACGCUUCAAGUUGCAGAGUCUUGGCCGUCGUCUUGAUGAACUAGAGGAAGCGACAAAAAAUCUCCAGAAAGCUGAGGAUGAGAUUCUGGAUCUCCAGGACAAAGUUAUCCAGGUAGAAGGCAGCAAUUCUAGCAUGCUGGCUGAUGUUGAAGCACUGCGAAAAAGAGUGCUGAAAAUUGAAGGGAAGGAUGAAGAAAUCAAGAAAGCGGAAGAGCUCUGUCGGCUGAUGAAAGCAAAACUAGAAGAGGAGGAAAGUCUCACCCGUGAGCUUAAGUCAGAAAUCGAACGACUUCAGAAGCGAAUGGCAGAGCUGGAAAAGCUAGAGGAAGCUUUUGGCAGGAGUAAGAAUGACUGUACUCAGCUGUGCUUGAGUCUCAACGAAGAGAAGAAUUUGACCAAAAAAAUCUCUACAGAACUGGAAAUGUUUAGGGUGAAAGUAAAAGAACUUGAAACCUCUGAAGACAGGUUAGAUAAAACGGAACAGAGUUUAGUAAGUGAGUUAGAAAAACUGAAAUCUUUAGCUCUGAGCUUUGUUAAUGAAAGAAAACACUUUAAUGAAAGAGAAAAGCAGAAUGAGAAAAUCAUUCAAGAACUAACGCAAAAGCUUGAACAAAAUAACAAGCUAAACAGAGCUGAUCAAACUAGAAAUGCAUCAAAUUUGCUAGAAAGGUCAUCACACAGUCUUCUGGAUAGAAAUGACCUGAGAAUUGAAGAUGACUUGACUUCUUCGUUGGCUUCCAAAGAAGCCAGAAGAAAGGGAAGCUUAGAUUACCGAAAGCACGUUGAAAAUGAAACCCGGAAUAAAUCAGAAAAUCAAAAGAAUAAAAAUCAAGAAGACAAUAAAGUGAAGGACCUGAACCAAGAAAUUGAGAAAUUAAAAACUCAAAUUAAGCAUUUUGAAUCUUUAGAAGAAGAACUUAAAAAAAUGAAAGCCAAAAAUAAUGACCUUCAAGACAGUUAUCUGAGCGAACAGAAUAAAAACAAGCUCUUAAUAGACCAAUUAGAAGAAAUUAAAAUGCAAAUCAAAAAACAGAAAGACCUGGAGAAUGGAGAGGUGGAAAAUGAAGAUACGAGCUUCCCUGGCAGAGUCCGACACGACAAGUCUAAAUGCAGAGGUAUCGCAGCCGAGCUAUCGGUUGCAAAACACAAGUCACGGGAGCUUUCGCCACAGCAUAGACGUGAGAGGACACGGAACAGGGACUUCUCCUUUAAUAAUAACAAUUAUCUGCAAAGCAGCAAGCAAGUUUCCAGUCCCAGUUUAACCAGCAUGAGAGCGACAAAGGCAUCUAGUAAAUCUGCUCUGUUGGACACUGCGGUUGCCGAAACAAAAAGAGUGGAUCCACAAGACAGAUCAACAAUUUCUACAUACUUCUCCGUGCAGAAAGAUGUUCCACAGAGCGAAGGGAGGAAAUCAAGAGAGCAGCCCUCUGUCCUGAGUCGAUACCCCCCUGCUGCGCACGAGCAGAAAGCUUGGAGGAUGUCUUCGAAACCUGGGAAUGAAAGCGGGCUGAAGACUAAGGUUGAAAAGCCGUCUCAAACAGGUAGCGAUAUUUGCCACAGUACUUCUGAUGUGCUUAAUGAAAAACCCAACAAAGGAGAAACAUCUGUGUUUUUGGCAGAAAAAAUUAAGAUAACUCAGUUGGAGACAUCUGAUCACUGCGUGGAGACGGUCUUUACCAAAAGUACCCAUGCAGCACCCAAUGGAACAGGCUUUUCACGGAGAUGCCAUCUUUCUCCCCAACUGCCAGCAGAUGAACCCAGUAGCUCGAAAGCAGAAGCAGCAGUGCCCUCUGCUCUGUCUCACAGGCAGCCCUUGGAAGGGAAAGCUAAAAGGACAGUCAACUCCCAGGAUAAAGAAUUUGCAGACGCUUUACUUGAAAAUGCAAAGCCUUCAGUUCUCAUGAGGCACUCGCACAACUCAAAAAGCCAGGAAGACAUUAUACAGAAUCUCACAGCUCUGGACAAAGAAGAACCGAACCAGAGUGCAGCCUCGAUAAGCGAUCUCACAAACAUCGGUCUGAAAUCAGACCCCUUGAGAUCCAAAGCCGUUAAACCAACGAGCGAUGAGAAACUUUAUCCAAAUGAGGAGAUAGGCAAAAGUAUGAAAGCUAGCAGCCAGCCAGAACUAGAGCCAAGAAAAAGACCUAAUUCCAGAGACUUUCCAAGCUCCAGAGGACUAUUUAGAUCGUCUAUCUUUGAAAAUGAUAACAGUACUGGAAAUGAAGAAGAAUCCACCAAACCCAUCAAAAUACCUUCAGAUGCCACCAGCCUCGGAUUGAAAUCCAGAAGGUCAUUCAGCCCUAGAGAAGCCCUGAGAUCCAAAGCCGUUAUUAAGCCUGUAAUCAUUGAAAAGGACAUGAAAGAAGUAAUGGGAGGCACUGGGUCUGAAACAGUCUCUGAAAAACAGAAACCUGUCUUUAAAACCGUGACAAAUAAAAUGACAAGUAGCAUCACCAUCUUCCCCUCUGAGCCAGCCGCUCCAAAAGCCACCACAAAUGAGGCAACAAAGGAAAGACAUACUUCUACUAGCAAUAUUAGGGUUGCUCCAAGCGAGCUGCCAUCAGCAACAAAUAACAUCAGCACACCUUUCGAGAUCUCACUCAGCAAGAGCGACAUUGCUUUGAAAUUAUGUGAGGCGGAGAGAACGAGGGACUCGGCUCUGAGAAACAAAGCUGAAACGCUCGUUUCGAGAAGCAGCAUUAUGAUAAGGUCUUCUGAAUCCAUUGAGAAGAACAACAGCGAGCCACCAGCGGAGACAAUCAGCUGGAAGAGUCACAGGUCAUUAGAAACUCUCUCACCAGAGUCGAAGCACGUCACUGUGAGAAGUGCCUGGAGGACGAGGCAGGGCAUCCAUUCUUUCGAGGACUCUCCGUCCAAAGUGGAAAAAAGAAUAACUUCCACUAUUACAAAUACGAUCAAGUCAUCGUCAGACCUCUCUCAGACGGAAGGGACCAACGAAAGGAUAAACUCAUUUGAGCAGAACUCGAGAAGGGCCAGCGCCACCACUAAUUCUUGGAGCACUCCCGAGUUAGGCUCUAGAAGGACCAAAAGUAGCUUAAGUGCAUCCGAGCUGCUCACGCACAGGAGCUACAUCACGGAUCCCAUGACAGCGUGGAGUCCUACUGCAUUACCGGAGGAGAAUAAAGAUCUUAUACGCAGCUCCAGAGGAAAACAAUAUGGCUCUUCUGACCAGCUCUCUCAAGCUGACACUCCAGGGAGGCGGCCAGCCUCCAAGACAGACCUGCAACAGGAUGCAGAUCUUCAAGCACAGACAGGCAGUAAGACAGAGGAACAGGGUAUUUCUCGCUCCUGCCGGAUGACCUCUAGGAGAUGAACUUCAUUUCUUUCCACCAAACAACCACUCCAUUUCGUGGGGCAAGAAACAGGAUGUUACCAGCUGCAUGGAUGUCAUUCCUGGCCUGUAAACUCCUCACUGUGAGCCUGGAACCUGUUUUCUAAUGUGAUUUGUGUGGGACAGAAGUUUUACCAGCGAAAUUUCCUCUGCUGCCAGGGAGGAUGCUACGGAGACUUCACUCAGGGGAAUCCCACUUUGUCUCUGUGCCCAAGACUGGAAUUGUCUCUGUGGGACUACAGCCCUGUCUCCAUAGGGGAACCCUUUUGGAUGUAUAACCAUUGCUUCUACACCAAGCUGUGGUACUUGCAGGAACUCAAGCAAACUCUCCUUAACCACUUUUAUUUAGAAAAAGAUGCCAGAGCCACCCUAGCGACCACGAUGUAGCUGCUCUUCACAGCAGCGCAACACACCUGGAUUUCUACAAGAAAUCUCAGCUUCCUCCAGGUGUGGAAGAGUUGGAGUUUGCAUUAUUCGUGAUCUGCCUUUGCUAUUGCUCCACCUCUCCAAGGACAGAUUACAGUGAAGCCAAGACAUGAGACUGGGCUACAGUCAGACCUUGCAGCAGAAAAGCAUGUGAGCUCCCAACCCUCUUAACUGAUAUUUAGAAGGAAACACUUUUCCCCAGAUCGCAUCACUCAAAUGUUGUAAACGGCUGUGCUGGGCAGGAGCAAGAAGAAUAUUGCUUAAAAGUAGCUUCUUCCCGAUCCCUCCCGCACCUGCUGCGACAGUCACUGCAUAACUCAAGAUCCACAUUUCAUCGGCCAGGUUUUACAAUAUGGGACCAUUUGUUUGAGCCAAACAAGACAGCAAUACUCAUCCUAAUGCAAUGUUAUGCUGGGUUGGACCUGGGUGCCUUUUGGCCAGAGCUCUGUGUUCUCCCACCCCCAAGUCACCAGCUCUGCCUCCCAGCUUCAGCUCCUGAACACUGCAUUUAACAUCCUACCCUCAGGGGGCUACACAACCCCCUCACCACCCCUCCCAAAGCGGGUUUUUUUCCUUCGAAAAGGUGAGUGAAAUGCACAGCGGAGCUGAAUCCUGUGCUCAACUUGGAUCCAUAAUGCUCAGGCUGCUUUGGGGCAAACCUGCGCCCCUCCCCACAACCCCUCUCCCAUGUCUCUCUGUGGUCUAUGCCUUCAGCGGGGCAGGGAAGAGGAAGGGAACGCACUGCACUGGUCGGGGGUAGGAGCACAAAGUCCACCAAAGCCCAGCCAGCACAAACUUCCUCCAGGACUGUGCUAAUGAUGAGGCCUGUGCAAAGCUGCCAGCUCAACAAGGAGCAAGCAUCUCUCCUGCAAAGCCCUGUUGCCUGCAGCUGUGCAGUCUGGUUUUUGGGAAAGUGAUAGAUGGGGAUUCAUAGGUUGGCCUAUGGGAACAGGAGAGCUACCCCUUCUCCCCAUCCCCAUACCUGUCCCAACACUUCUUUUUGCCUGUCAGGCAUAGCUGCUGCCCCUGUAGAAGAUCACCUGAGGGUCCUGCAGCCUCGGGGUAUCAAGACAUAACGGGGAAGGAACAAUAGGAUAAAACCCAUCCCUUUUGGAUCCACCCAAUUGCCAUGCACUGUCCUAGGAGACAUGGAGUAGCUUGGUCUGGUGGCAGCCAGAUACGGUUUAGUCUUCCUCUGAGCUCACAGCCUAGCAUGUCCAGCACUGCCGCCUCUCACCCAGCACAGGAACAUUCCUGAUUUGCUCCUUAGCGCUGUAGUGGGGAAGGCACGCUUGUCUUCUUGCCCCUGUUCAGCCUGGCCCAAUAAGGAUGGCAGGGCCUACUUUCAAAAGGGGUCUGAGCUGCAAGUCAUCGGGGCCAGGGGAGGAGGGUGAUCUGCUACAAACUCUGGCUAAGUAACUUAAGGCUUUCCUGUGAUAGGGGUGUAGGUCAUAGCCGUGUUGGUCUAAGGACAUAGGCAGACCAGGUUCUUUGGGUGAAACUGGUAUCUUUUAUUAGACCAACUUAAAUAGCUGAAAAAAAAAAUUGAGCAAGAGUUUGGAUUUAAAAACUCUUCAUCAGGCUGAGGAAUCCUCUGCUGUUUGUGUGGGCUCCUCCUGGAUGGCAUGAAUAGUAAAGCUUGGCACAUGGGGCAGUUUAGCUCUCAGAUACAGGCCUGUCUGCCACAGGGCCCAGCAGCUGUUCGACUACCUCCUUCACCUCCUGUAGCUUGCCUCGUGCUUCCCAGUAAGAUUGCAUCCCCUUGCAUCUCACACCACUCCCCCAGAGCUAGUGGGGAUGGGCUCUCAACAUAGGCUAACACAGAUCUUACUUGGCAGUUCCCAGGUGGUGGGCUCUGGGCUUUCAACUCCCAGUUACAUAGCUGUGGCUUGAUUGUAAGGAAUUAUUUUAACAUCAGCAGUGGUGCCAUCUGCAGCAGCUGAAUGAAUGCCUUACUAAGCCAUCAGCCACAUUGGAGCUUCUGACCCAUCUCUAUCUGCAGGCAGGACCUUCCCUGUUUGAUGCAACAGCUGCUGAGCGGUUUUACUGUAAAUACUCAGGGCUAGAGCUUCAAAGGCUGCUGGGCACCUUUUAGUGUCCGAUUCCACCUUUGUACACGCCAUUGAUGUUCUCCCCACCUGGCUGCUGCCUAACCUCCAAAAGUGUCUAUAUUUUUGGUGGCCUAGGCAAUGCUUUCUAAGCGUUGAUGCUGCACAACGAAGGCUGUGUAGGGCACUAGCAGAAGCCGAAGACAGUAUAGUUCAAUGUUAGGUGACUUGAUAGCGGCCCACAAAUAUGUCAGAGGUGAACGCCAGGAUUUAGGGGAGCAGCUCUUCAGGAAGGCACUUCAGGGGGGGAUGAGGACCAAUGAGCAUAAGCUAAUAGAGGGUAAAUUCAGGCUAGAUAUAAAGAAAGGACUUUUUCUCUGUAAGGAUCACCAGAAUCUGGGACACACUCCCAGCAGAGGUGGUGUGAUCACCUUCCUUAGAGGUGUUCAAGAUGGGGCUGGACAGGUACCUUGUUGAGCUCACCUGAGCCCAGUAACUUCCUGCCCAUAGCAGGGGACUGGACUUGAUGAUCUUACAGGUCCCUUCCAGUUCUGUGGUUAUUCCCUAUCUUGCCAGUGGGGACCCAAUGCCAUCUGAAUGCUCUAAGCAUGACAAACUGCAGGGUACCAAAAGCUGGAAGGACAGUAUAGCACUUGCCCAAAAUACAACCAGAAAAGGAAGUAAAGAUGUGUGACGGUAGUGAGUUGAACCCCCAUCUCCCAUGUCCUGGGUGAGCCUGUAGCUCACUCCAUGAAUAUACAAGUAUGGGCGCCUCAGCUCAGAACACUGUAUGGCCAGGCCUUCGGCUACUUCCCUGUGACAUGGCAAACUUGGGUUUAACCAAAUCAGGCAAGGAGGAAUAUGAACCUGGCUGUCCGUGUAUGCCCAGUGAAGACUAGCUGGCUAGCUGGAUUCUUGUGUUACAUCAAGAAAUGAACAUGAGCUCCCCAAGCAGCUGACUCCUGAUUUCAGGAGGGGUUCCUGGCUGAGGAGCCUGAGCAGGGCUGGCACUUGUUUGGCUACAGAAAUGUGUUGCCUGGUGCUUCUGGCUGAAGACAAAGUUAGAUAUCUGCACACCCCACAGUGCAUUUCUAAGGAUCACUUCCUUAGGCACCUACCUCUUCUUGCAUAGUUUAUGGGGAGCCUGGAGUUUAACUUUGGGUUCAGGCAUCCAAUACUUGGCUGCUAGGGCACCUAGGGGAUGGUCCCUGAACACAGAAAGCCUCGCAUCUCUUUGAAGAUCCAGCCUUCUGCUAUGUUGCCAUUCCCACAGGAAAGGAGUGGAAUCAGUCCCGUAGCUACUGAGUGGCUUUCACCUGCUAGCAGGUCAUUGGGAUGGGCUGGGUCUGUACUCGUGGCACAGAGGUCAGACUGAGCAGAGCCCUUGAACUGUCAUUCCACGUCUUCCUGUUUAGGGCCAAGUACCUAAACACAGGCUCCCUGGCUCUUUUCACUCCCUUCUUCCUUUCCAGCAGUCUGAGCCUAGUAUACCAGUAGCACAGCUCUUCCUAAGAGAAUUCAUUUCAUUCCUUACUGGGGAAGCUUGGACUUUGUAGUCACCAGGCUCUGCUUGUGUGGUCGCCAGGCGUACUUGUGUACAGCCUCGCACAAGCUUAUCUUCAUUGCCCAGGCCCAACAGCCUCCCAGCACACCCCAAACAUAUCUGAUAUUAGGAAGUAAAACAGUGCAAGCCCCCAGAGCAAACGUGAGCCUAUCUGUUACUCAAAAUAGUGUCACAGUUGUUACUGGAACCCGUUCAUAGCCAGCAUCAGCAGCCUUUCAGCUGUACACCUGAGAGGACCAAGAGUACUGAUGUCCUCUGCAAACACAACAGGGGCUUCCCACAAAAAAACCCGGCAGAAGCCCACACAGUGGAGUUGCGGCUGUCUUGGCACUGGAAGAGAUGAGCAGGAAUGAACUUGCCUUGGGUUACUCUGGCCAGUAAUUCAGGCUGUUCACACUAUGUUACAGCACAUGCUCUGGAUUCCUAUUAUACAGCAACACUAUCAUUUCCAUUCGCUGGUUGUAAAUAAUGAAUGUUGAUAUCCAUCUUUAAUGGUAGGCUGUGGGUUAUCUUAUUAACACAUGUGAGAUUACAUCCAAGAUAAACCCUCCUAAAAAACCUAAAGGGGCCAAGACCCCUGACCCUGAGUGCAAUAGGAGCUGAUUGUAUUAUUAAACUAAUAUUAAGGAUUUCAGGAAAUAUACUGUAUUUUACUCAAAUUGCACACUUUUUAGAACAGCUGUAAAAUAGAGUAUAUUUGUAAAUAUUGUCAUCAUAGGGGAAAUUAUGUUUGUAAUUCUAGGAUAUAAAUAUGACGGGGUUUCCAUAGAUUUGUUAAUGCUGAGAAUCUGCAUGAGACAUUCAGAUAAUUCCAAAGCUGUAAAUGUAUGUGCUGACUGUGGGAGCAUGUAACUGCUCUGUCUCUUCUCCCAAGAAAAACACUUGAAGAGAGACUGGGUCCUUUGUACAUAGACAAUGCCUUCCAACCUUUUUGCAGAACUAGUACUUACCUGGGGAACAUUUGUCCUGCCAUGAAUGCCCAGGUCUGGUACCUAAAGCAGGACAGUUGGACUACAGGAUUCAGAAGCUGCCCCUUUCAGCUUCCUUCAUCUUUGAAAAUGAAACUGGAGUAACCCUGGGGAACAGCGAGCAGGAUGUUGUCGUUCUUCAACAGCUUGGACAAAUGGUCCAUAUUUACAAUGUCCACAUCAGUCCCUGCCACAGUAUCUCAGCACCAAAAACUGUCAGUUUGCAGUGCAUUUGACAACCAAGAGAGGUGGUCUCUGGUGCUGCAGAAUAUCUCGUUAGAGAAGAGGGAAACACAGAGCAUGGGAUAAGUUUCUACAGUGGUUUCCACAAGUGUUUGUAUCCACAGUUGACCCCCAGGUAUAUUCAAAUAAAGAGAAAUACACACUGGUGCCACCUUUAAUAUAGUAAACCCCACAUUCAGCCCCCACGUGCACCAACGGAGAAGAGACCACUUACUACUCCAAUUUCAGCCUCUGCUGUAUUACCCUAGAGGAGGUAAAGUGUAAAGAUGCUGCUUUACAGGGGUCUGCAGGGUCCCUGCAUCAAGGACCAAAGGGAUCACCUAAGCCUUGGUUCUCCAGCAUGUAGUGCAGCUGUCUGCAUUAGGAAGGCUCCUCUGCUUUCCUGCCAUUCAACACUUAAGCACUCCAGAUUGCGUGGAAUGUAUUUUUGAGAAAGGAAAUAUAUUUUUUGUAUUUGCAGAUACUUGAUUGGGCUGGAGGAGCUGGGUCCAGCCAUCGUGUACAGGCAGAUAAUAAACAAAAGUCUCUUAGCUUCAUUUACACACCUUCCAUUUACUGCGAGUCCAAUUCAAGAUAAUUUUGAGGUUCUAGGAUUCCCUGUGCCCCUAAACCAAACUCUGCUCUAGAUAAAGCACGAGAGCUACCAGAACUGUCCCUGACCCAAACAAAGAGCUCCCUAUCUAAGCAUGUUCAGUAAGGGAAACCUACUCUUUCCUCCCCGAGCUGCCCAAACACUGGAUACAAAUGGUGCUCUCCCAUCGUUACAGUGCUCCUAAUCUGCAUGGCAAAAGUAAACCGUCUGUCUGCAUGUAUCUCCUGACUUGAACGCUGUCAGCUCUACAGUAUGUAACCAAUAAAACUAUCCCUUUGUA